AUGUCUUUCAUCAUGCGGGAAUACAAGUUCGAGACCAGCACAACGAUGCAGCGAAAAUCAGAUCAACAUACAAUGGCUAUGCUAAGCCUCAAGAAACUUGUCAAACCACUGCUGAGGUUGAUCAAGAAGAAGCAGCUCAUACGCAAAACCCUCGCCGAAGUGCAAUCGCAGAACGAGAUCAACUCAUCGUUGGAGGACAUGCGCAAAGACUCGGUUGCCAGCUGUGACAACAUGGCCAAUGAGCUACUGGAGCAGCGUCUCUUCAACGAUCUGCGCGAAUGCCCCAACAAUGCGGCCAUUAUCAUCCAGCAAGAUGAGCAGCAAAGCGUUGUGCCUGUGCAGCCCGAUCAGACUUUCAUACCGGUGCACUUUGCGCGCACGACCAGCGGCACCUUCUUCUGGACCUCUGCCGAUGGGACAUGCCUGCAGCAGCAGGAGCAGCAAAUGCGCGAGAGAUUCGACCGUUGGGUUCAGGCUUAA